AUGACCACUCUCAAAGAAGCCGCCAAAUGGAAUCGACCAUAUGAGAUUCCCGACCCAGAUGCUCCAUCAUCCUACCAACGUGAAAUCUACUCUGCAUUCCGAGCACCAAUCUUCUCCACCAAACCAGCAGAAUGGGAGGCCAUUGCACGCGAAACAAUCCCAUCAGCCAACUUCGGCUACGUCUUUGGCUCGGCGAGUAGUCAGAAGACAUAUGCAGCAAAUCUGGAAGCCUUCAACAGAUAUCGCCUUCGACCUUCUAUGCUUGUCAACGCCACCCGUCGAGACAUGAGCGUCAAUUUAUUUGGAACGAGAUACAAAAGUCCAAUCCUGGUGGCUCCGGUCGGAGUUCAGAACAUCAUGCAUCAAGAUGCCGAGGAAGCCACUGCGAGAGCCUGCAAGAACGUCGGUGUUCCCAUGAUCCUUUCCACCGCCGCCACCYGUACUAUCGAGCAGGUCGCAGAAGCCAAUGCGGAUGGAGAUAGAUGGUAUCAGCUGUACUGGCCCAAACCACAGGAGGAAGCCAUUACAGCCAGCCUGUUGAAUCGAGCAAAAGCCAACGGUUACAAAGUAUUGGUCGUCACCCUCGACACAUUCACACUUGCCUGGCGACCAGUAGAUUUGGAUCAUUCUUACCUACCCUUUCUCUGGGGAGAUGGAUGUCAGAUCGGACACUCGGAUCCAGUCUUCAACCAGCGGUAUGAAGAAAUGCAAGCGCAAGACACCCGCUCAGCGUCGGAGAAAUUGGGUGAGGCAUGGAACUUGAUCAAGAGGAAUGGAACUCCUUUUGGUGCGCUAAGGAUUCUUGCCAAUGCCWCGAAGAUUGCCAAGUCACGAGCGUGGCUGGAUGUCAUGAAUUCUGGAACCUAUCGCGAGUGGCAACAUCUUGAAGUCUUGAAGAAACUCUGGGAUGGGCCGAUCGUGUUGAAGGGGAUUCAAACAGUGGAGGACGCACAUAAAGCGAUUGAGUAUGGAAUUGAUGGGAUUAUUGUGUCGAAUCAUGGUGGAAGGCAGCUUGACGGUGCGAUAGCAUCGCUUGAUGCACUUGCUGAAAUUGGUGCGGAUGAAAAGGUCAAGCAGUCGGGUCUUACGGUGCUGUUUGACAGUGGGAUUAGAACGGGGAGCGACGUUCUCAAAGCUAUUGCACUUGGUGCGAAAGCUGUUCUCGUGGCCAGGCCAUAUAUGUACGGCCUCGCAAUCAAAGGACAAGCGGGAGUGGAGCACGUAUUGAAGUGUAUACUGGCGGAUACCGACAAUUCUCUGGGCAACAUGGGCAAGAGAUCGCUGCAGGAUAUCAGUCGAGAUGACUUGCAGAUCAGACAUGAUUCGAAAUUGUAG